GUAGUAAAAAAUAAGUACUUGGAGAACGCUGUCUCACCAGCUGUAACCACAGUGUUUUCAGUUCAAAGAAGUAGUGAAUCCGAUGUACUCGGAUAUGCUUGGGAAACUUAACGACAGAGGGCGUGAAAACCAAUUUUAUAAGUCUUUCAAAUCUUGUAUAAUCUGUGAUGCCGCAUCCAUCUUUUUCGUUAUGCGCAAUUAACAAAAGAAAAUAAAUAACAUAAUAAUUUAGUUUUACUUAUUGCUUGCUUGUUAAAAUAUUUUUGGUUCAUAUAUCUAAUAAUAAAAUAUUAAUUGAAUGUUUUUUCUUUAAAUUAGUCCAUUUUAAAAUCAUAAUUUGCACAAAUUUUAAGAUACAAUUUAGAUAAAUAUGAAAGGAACGGAACGUUAUUGACAGACCCGCCAUAACGUUUUUAUUUCAAUAUUUUACUUUCUUGUUAUCCUCGAUGCUUGAAAGUGCUCUGAAACGAUUCUCUUGUGAUUUUAUACGACUACGCUUGCCCUGGACUCUGAUAAAUCUGUUUUUAUGUGAAUAUACCUGGUGUGCUCAACGGACUCUGAUUUGCUGCUUGGAUUGGUUAUUUGCGACAAUGGUUCGAAACAGUGCGAUGUGUUGUGUACCUAAUUGCGGUAAAACGCGAUUAGAUAAUGUGAUUCUUCACAAAUUUCCCUGCCCAAUUAAUGAGGCUGAUCGGUUUCGUACUUGGAUUUACUCUGUUGGUGGAGAUGUGUUAUCUUUGGAUAACCAAUUUAUUCAUAAGUACCGAAAAGUGUGUCAUAUUCACUUUGAGGAAAAAUUUAUUACUCGAAGCGGAAGACUCAGCGCUAUUGCAGUUCCAACACUGCAUUUAAAAGGAAUGGCUACGCAAACCGCAUCGGUGCAAAUUGCAAGCAAUUUCCAACAACCAUUGCAAGAUGAUCAUGGACCCCGAGCCCCACUGAUCAACAUCACGAAUCAGUACAAUGCGGGUGGUGAUGACACUUCUCGGCCCUCAACUUCAGGAAUGGCUACGCAAACGGCAUCGCUGAAAAUUGCAAGUAUUUUACAAGAACCAUUGCAAGAUGAUCAUGUACCCCGAGCCCCAUUGACCAACAUCACAAAUGCGGCUGCUCACGACGCUUCUCGGCCCUCAACUUCAGGAAUGGCUACGCAAACGGCAUCGCUGAAAAUUGCAAGUAUUUUACAAGAACCAUUGCAAGAUGAUCAUGUACCCCGAGCCCCAUUGACCAACAUCACAAAUGCGGCUGCUCACGACGCUUCUCGGCCCUCAACUUCAGGAAUGGCUACGCAAACGGCAUCGCUGAAAAUUGCAAGUAUUUUACAAGAACCAUUGCAAGAUGAUCAUGUACCCCGAGCCCCAUUGACCAACAUCACAAAUGCGGCUGCUCACGACGCUUCUCGGCCCUCAACUUCAGUAGCGACACUCGUGCCAUCUGGUGUCAAAUACCGGUAG